AUGUAUCAGAGAUUGCAGAAUUUGCGUCAAGGCAUGAAGGCGGUUGAUGACUAUACGAUGGAAUUUUGCAUGUUGAUUACAAGGAAUGAAGUGAUGGAAACGGAGGAACAAUUGGCGUCUCGAUAUGUAGGUGGUCUUCGCCCCCAAAUACAGGACACGCUGAACAUGUUUGAUCCUGUGACAGUUUCUGAGGCACAUCAAAGGGCGAUACAGAUGAGAAACAGCAGUCCAGACGGAAUACAGGGACUUUCAUCGCAGGAGGUUCUUCCAGUGACACAUCCUGGUAAUCCUAGCCAGGCUGGUUCUUUUAAAGCAAAUUCUGUGCAGCUGUCAGCACGUCCUGAGGGCGGUAUCCGUUGCUUCGCUUGCAAAGGUGUGGGUCAUAGGCAAUAUGAAUGCCCAAAAAAUUCGCGUAGAGGGCUCUUUGUUGAUGAUGGGUAUGGAGAUUAUGAAGGGGUGCCCGUAUUUUAUAAUGGAGAUGAUGAUGAGGUAGCAGAAGAGGAGGAGUUAGUUGUUGGUGACGUGAGGCAAGCAUUGGUGGUGAGUCGCGAGAAUGUGGUUGCUGAGGAGGUCAUUAAGAAACUGGGUCUGCAGACUGAGAAACAUCUCAAACCGUAUAAGUUGGCUUGGUUGAAGAGGAGUAGUGAUGUUGAAGUAUCCCAGCGUGCUCUAGUCAGCUUUUCCAUUGGGCCUACCUACAAAGAUCAAGUUUUGUGUGAUGUGGUAGAGAUGGAUGCAUGCCAUUUGUUAUUAGGGAGGCCUUGGCAGUUUGACCAACACUCGCUGCAUGACGGAGCAAAAUUUGAGACGGAGAUGGCAGAAUCUGGUGUAGUGUAUGUGUUAGUAGGCAGGUCAGUCGAUAUUGAACAGGAGGUUUCCCACAGAAUUCGUCCACUGUUAGAAGAGUUUCAGGAGGUUUUCCCAGAGGAGCUUCCAGAGGGAUUGCCACCACUACGAGAUAUUCAGCAUCAGAUUAAUUUAGUACCUGAUGCUACUCUACCCAACCGGGCGCAUUACAGGAUGAGUCCUACUGAACAUGAGGAGUUGCGCAGACGAGUGGAGGAGCUUUUGGCGAAGGGCCACAUCAGAGAAAGUCUUAGUCCUUGUGCUGUUCUUGCUCUCCUUACGCCCAAAAAGGAUGGCACGUGGCGUAUGUGCGUGGACAGUAGGGUGAUUAAUAAGAUUACGGUCCGUUACCGUUUUCGUAUUCCUCCCUUGGAUGAUUUGCUUGAUCAGCUUACCGAUGCUUAUGUGUUCAGUAAGCUUGAUUUGAAGAGUGGAUACCAUCAGAUUUGUAUCAGACCUGGGGAUGAGUGGAAGACGACAUUUAAGAUAAGAGAAGGGUUGUACGAGUGGUUAGUCAUGCCAUUCGGUCUUUCCAAUGCACCUAGUACUUUUAUGCGGGUUAUGAAUCAAGCUCUUCGUCCAUUUAUCGAAAAAUUCGUGGUAGUUUACUUUGAUGAUAUUCUGAUUUAUAGUGCUAACAAUGAUGAUCACGUCCAGCACCUUUGA